AUGUUCAGAGGUGCAACUGUGAAGAUAGCCCAUAGCUCGACAAUCCCUGUCCCUGCGCUGAUAGGAAAUGAGGAACUUAAGCCUCUCCAAGAUUUGAUUACAGCAGAGAAGUCGGUGUUGGCUUCACUACAAAGGUUGAGCUCAGACUUUUUGAAAGCUGCUGACUCCAUGAGGACAUGGGCAAUUUCUGAAGGAGAUGACCUUUCUGAUAUAUUGAAUUCAUCCAGAACACUCCUAGCACACUUCUCAGGGGCGCUCAACUGCUACAGCUCUAUUCAAAACAUCGUUCGAGACAACAUGAAGGCCGUGCGUACGCGUGAAGAAUCCCUUGACAACCUUCAACGGCGCCGGCGGCGUACUGCAGCCUCCGUAGAGAGUAUCAGGAAAAAGCUCGCCCGAAUGACCCAGGAGACCAAGGCAUUCGAUGCACAGAUGGACGCACUAAACAUUUCACGCGAAGCCUUGCGACAUUUGGAUGCAAAAAUCGCGCACGAACGAUCAACGAUCGUCGCUUUCAAACGUAAAUGCACAAAAAACUGGCUGACAUUAAAGUUUGGAGGUCUUGUAGAGUGUUGCGAGAAGGGCAUGAUUAUAGGGGAGACAGGGAAGCGAAUGGCUGUUGUGGAGGAGCGACGACAUCAGGAACUUUCGGAGUCACCCAAACAUCCAUAUGUAGGGCAGGAGCACAUGACCUCAUUGCUGUCUGAAGCCCAGCAUCGCAUUGUGCAAGUUGUAUUUUCUGGAACGCCCUCUGGUUCCGAGACACCCGAGACUCCACACCCACCGAUUUCUCAAAGUCGUCCGGAUUGCUUCAAGGAUCUUCCAGAGAUUCGUGAUGAGCCCUUUGCUGCCGUGAUAUCCGUCGAUCAUCUCCCUUCUAACAGCCACCGAUCAUCGCUUGACCAUGAUAUGAUGCCAGCUCCCGUUCAUGUGCUUUCGGGAAUUGGCCCGUCGACGACUUACACGCCAGACUACGGCUGUCGGCCAGAGUUAUCUCUCUCAUGUUCUGAGCUAUCUUUAGCUCCUAGCCGCAGAAGGACGACAGGGAAUUGUGACAAUAGAAGAUACUCCGCCUUGGCUCGAAGUAGAUUCUUUCCCGGCUUCAGACUUGAUAGUAUCGCGGAAGGCGAUGAGCCUUCGCCUUCGCCAUCAUCUAUGUCCAGUGAUAUCGGGCACAUACGGUCUUGUCUGAGCCCGAUCGGCCCGCAUACAGCAAACCUAGAAACCACUUAA